UUUACCACGCCCGGUUCCAGACUCGGCGCCUCUGUCUCUUUCCCCAAGUGCAGGCGGGCCUGGCCGAGGAAUGGGAGGAGCUGCGCCGUGGCCCUUUGGUCUCUGAGCUCACACUAAAUGGAGGAGGAAGCCACACCGCCGCAGCGCAGCAGCCUGGAGCUGUUUGCUGCAGCUUUCAAGCAGCAGGGGUGCGGGGCAGCGAUCGAAGCGAUACGGCCCCGCGAAUUCAGUCGACUCACAGGAAUUACUUACCUGGAUCACGCAGGUGCAACACUCUAUACACAUAGUCAGAUUCAUCACUUUUACCAAGACCUUGCAGAAAAUAUCUAUGGUAACCCUCACAGUGCAAAUAUUGCCAGUCGAUUGACACAUGACACUAUUGAACAUGUUCGUUACAGAAUUCUACAGCACUUCAACACCAGCCCAGAAGAAUAUACUGUCAUUUUUACAUCCGGAAGUACAGCUGCUCUUAAACUUGUUGCAGAAAGUUUUCAGUGGACCCGCACAGAAUCAGGAGGCACGAGUCAGUUUUGUUACCUAACUGACAAUCAUACAUCUGUCGUUGGUAUGAGAGGAUUGUCUGUUUUAGUUGGUGCUCUAACUGUUCCAGUCAACCACUCUGAAAUUUAUGAAGAUAAAAACAGUAUCAACAAGGACAAUGCAAUGUGCAAGGAGGAAAAUUGUCACACUCCUCAUCUCUUCUGUUAUCCUGCUCAAAGCAACUUUUCAGGGACAAAAUACCCACUUACUUGGAUAAGAGAUAUUAAAUCAAAAAAGCUGUAUCCUUUUAGCAAAGUCCCCGGAAAAUGGUAUGUGUUGCUAGAUGCAGCCUCGUUUGUGAGCACCUCGCCACUUGAUCUCAGCGUACAUCAAGCAGACUUCAUCCCCAUUUCUUUUUAUAAAAUAUUUGGGUUUCCAACAGGUUUAGGAGCCCUGUUGGUGAAGAAUAAAAGUGUUCAUAUGCUGAAAAAGAGAUAUUUUGGAGGAGGAACGGCAGCUUCAUAUUUGUCAGGAGAAGAUUUCUAUGUUCCUAAGCAGUCAUUAAGUGACAGGUUUGAAGAUGGCACAAUUUCUUUCCUUGAUAUAAUAGCAGUAAAUCAUGGAUUUGAUGCACUGGAUAAAUUUACAGGUGGAAUGCAAAAUAUUAUGCUUCAUACAUUUAGUUUGGCCCGUUAUACAUACAUAAUACUCUCUGGAAUGUGCCAUGCUAAUGGAACACCAGUUACUCGGAUAUACAGUGAUAAUGAAUUUGAAACUCCAGAUGCUCAAGGACCUAUUAUUAAUCUAAAUGUGCUUGAUGAAGAAGGCGGAAUAGUUGGAUAUGCCAAGGUGGACAAACUGGCAAAUUUGUACAACAUCCAUCUUCGCACUGGCUGCUUUUGUAACACUGGAGGCUGUCAGCAACACCUCGGAAUUAGUAAUGAAGAUGUCAAAAUGAAUCUAAAGGCAGGUCAUGUCUGUGGAGAUUCUUUGGAUUUGAUUGACGGCCGCCCCACCGGAUCAGUCCGAAUAUCCUUUGGCUACAUGUCUACAUUUGAUGAUGCACAAAAGUUUUUAAAAUUUAUUGUUGGUUGUUUUGUUAAGCAGCCAGUUUGCUUUGACAAAGACACUUUGUCCAUGCUUGAAAGGUGUGGAACAAUGAGAAGACGUGAUGAAUCGUGGGCAGGACAUCGCACAGAUGAAACAACAAACAAAAUCUCUUCAGAAAUUGCUGCAGCACAAAAUUCUGCCAGAAUUGAGAUUCCCCUAUCUCAGAACUCUUCAGAUAAUCAGCUCAAGUUGGUUGAAAACCAAGAAACUUCCAAAUUAAUCAACGACAGUGAGUCAAUCACACUCACCAACAUCUACUUAUACCCGAUCAAGUCUUGUGCUGCUGUUGAGGUUAAGAAGUGGCCUAUUGGAAAGCAUGGCUUAUUAUAUGAUCGUACCUGGAUGAUUGUCAACCAAAAUGCUGUCUGUCUUAGCCAAAAGCAGGAGCCCAGAUUAUGUUUGAUUCAUCCACAUAUUGACUUAGAGCAAGGGAUCAUGACCAUCAGUGCAGAAGGAAUGGAUCCCAUAGUCGUGCCUCUAAAAGGAGAAGAUAGAAAAGAAGUUUCACUUCAAUUCUGUCAAACUAGAGUCUGUGGAGACAGAGUAAAAGGAUUGGACUGUGGGGAAAAUGUUGCAAAAUGGAUCUCCACAUUUCUUGGACGGCAAAGUUUUCUCAUCAGACAGAGUUCCAGUUUUCACAGAGCCUUGAAAAAGCAGCACACACAAGUUCAAGACCAAGCUUUGAAUGAAUCACCGUGCCUUUCAUUAGUGAAUGAAGCUCAAUAUCUUCUCAUAAACAUGGCAAGCAUUCGACACAUCAAAGAACAAUUAUUACGUCGAGAUGGAACAAGUGUUUCUAAUUACCCUGAAGUAUUAACAACUGAAGAGCUAAUCCAUCGUUUCCGUGCCAACCUUGUGAUAAGUGCAUUGAGGCCAUAUGAAGAAGAUGACUGGGCUGAAAUAAGUAUAGAUGGUGUAUCUUUCCAGAUUGUAGGACUGUGCAACAGAUGCCAAAUGAUUUGCAUUAAUCAAAUGAAUGGAAAAAGAAGCACUGAACCCCUGCAGAUUCUAUAUUCAUCCAGGAACAGAAAGAUGACCUUUGGUGUAUACCUGUUUCAUCAACUACCAGCAGCAGCAGGGCACUGUGCAACCCUGACUGUAGGAUCUCAGGUCUGUGUGAGGAAAGAAAAAAGAACUACUCCUCCUCCUGCUGUCCAGUGACAUUCUCUGCAGCUUCCAUGGAUGAGAAUAUGAGUGUAUUUGGUGUGAAUGCUUCAAUAUAACUUUGUUGAUGUUAUGAAUUAAUGUUCUACUCAUAGUUCUCCAAUGUAAAGCCUAUGUUAAUUCCAGUUUACUGGACUUUCAAAUUAGUAUUGCACUAUUUCCUGAUUUAAAAAUGAAAAUACAAUUGUUUGUAACUGUGAAUGAAGUC